AAAUAAGUUUGUUUGGAAAGGAAACUUUAUUUAGUACUGAAAAGCAUUUUUAUUUUCUUUAUAAUUAUAGGAUCAUGACACUAUAUAUAGACAAUACAUUUGGUUCCAAAGUUGCCCAGUUCAUGGUACUUGUUACAGAUGCUAAUUUGGAAAUUAGAGAUAAUCAUACAAUAUCAAAUGUUGCUCUUCCUGCCAUUGAAUUGUCAAGAGUGAAUAAUUUACUGGCAUCUGGAUUGUGUCAUGUUACACGACAAAUUGUGAAAGAUGCAAUAAACAGUGAAAGGGAUAAAAAUAAAAAGAAUUGUUUAGAAUCUUACUUGGGUUACAAACAAAAUUGCCUGAAAGCCUGUGCAGCAGUCAGUAGCUGGACAAAAUUUUGCGAAGUUGAUUUUCCCAUUGCUGUGAAAAAGCUGAAGAAACAAUUAGUUGAUGUUGAGGCACAUAUCACAUUACCAGAUGCAUUUGUGAAGCUAGAGAAAGAAUUUUUAGUUAUUAAAAAGACACCUAAUGUGACGAAGUAUUUUUCGGGUAGAAAGAAGGAUUUAUAUAGCAUUCGUGAUAAUGUAAAGUUGAGUUGUGAAAAUACAUUUCACUCGUUACAUAGUGUUGUGGCUGCGCUUGGAUUAAAAACUGUGUGUACUUGUAAAUCAAGCAAUAAGUUAUUAGAAAACAUAAAUGAUGAGAUGUUGAAUAUAAAGUCGAACGAGGACAUUAACUGGCCCUAUUUAUGUGGACUAACAAUAACAAUAGCAGAUCUCAUAAUAUUUGCUGUCAUGUGGGAGUUUUUAUUUGUUAUGUUACCAUGCUCAGCAUCCCUUGAACAGUUCUUCAAGAAACUACCUCAGACAUAUAAAUGGUUUCUUAGAUGUGCGUCUCAUCCGGGAGUGUUACCUGCUGCGUGCAACGUGUAUAAACUUCGAGAGACGUCCUGUGCGUGUUCGAACAGUGUGAAGUGCUUCUCGUUUCCAAAUGGUCACGAAAUACUCAAACACGUUUCAUUCGAAGAGAAAGCUUCCAAUCCAAAGCAAAUGCAUAUUAAAAUAACGAAAAGCCUUCCUCGGAUACUCGACACACUACAAUACCAUAAAAUAAACCCAUCUUUUAAUAACGAUGAACCGUUCACUUCAAUACCAUGGGAGAAACUGCCAUCCGGAGUAAAUCCUGCUGAAGGAGAAUUAAAAGAACAACGUGCUCUGCGCAAACGACAACAGAUUGAAAACAUGGCGUCUCGAGUUCUUCCACAAAUAAGGAGUGGUGACGAGGUUGUCGAUUUUUGCGCUGGAGGAGGACAUCUUGGUAUUGUCAUCGCUUUUUUAAGACCAGCUUGUCACGUAACGCUUUUGGAAAACAAGGAAGAAUCGAUCGAUCGAGCUCUGUCAAGAAUUAGGAAGUUAAGUCUCACAAAUAUAUCGGUGGUGUUGUCAAACUUAGAAUAUUUUUGCGGGAACUUCAAUGUUGGUGUAACUUUACAUGCAUGUGGGUCUGCCACAGAUUUAGUGCUGGCGAAAUGCUUAAAAAUGAGAGCAUCUUUUGUUGUGUGUCCCUGUUGUUAUGGGAGUAUUCGACCAACGGAAAAUAUUACGUAUCCGAAAAGCAAGAAAUAUCAAUGUUUGGAGGAGGACGAUUAUUUUCUGCUCGCGCGCUCAGCGGACCAGACGUCAUCAAAUUUUGACAGCGACUACAGCAAGCAAGGGAAGAACAGUAUGUUGUUAAUAGAUCAUGAUAGGAUGAUGCACGCUGUGGAGGAGAGCAGAUAUGACACUCGUAUUUAUUCCAUGAUACCUGAAACAUGCUCUCCGAAGAAUAACUUACUUGUGGGAAGCAUACUAAAGAACAGCGAGCUAUAACAGAGUUGUUAGAACUUCUACCUAUUGUUGUGUAGUACCGUGGUGUGCAUUGAAUACCAAAUCAACCGUCAAUUAAAAUUUGUAUGCUGUCGAAGAUUUAUCUUUGCUGCUAAAGUUAGUUUUCGUUUUCUAUAAUAUUUCAACGAAAACGAAUUUUGAAGAAAAGUUGGAAAAUUAAUAGUUUCCUUACUAGCCA